UCUUACGUGGAUCUAAUUUCCAAUUCCAGUAACAUUGUGAUCACUGGAUUAACAUCACUAAAUAGCCAAAUGUUCCACAUUGUCGUCAAUGCCUGCCAAAAUGUCACGGUGAAAGGAGUGAAAGUAUCUGCUGCCGGCAACAGCUCUAACACGGAUGGCAUUCAUGUUUCUUCAUCAACCAGUGUCACCAUCUUGAAUUCGAGAAUUGGAACUGGUGACGACCGUAUAUCUAUUGGCCCUGGUACCUCUAAUUUGUGGAUUGAAAAUGUGGCGUGUGGACCUGGCCAAGGAAUCAGCAUUGGAAUUUUAGGCCAAGAUGUCCAAGAGGCUGCUGUGCAGAAUGUGACAGUCAAAACCACUACAUUUACUGGCACUGAAAAUGGAGUGAGAAUCCCGUCCUGGGGAAGACCUAGCAAUGGUUUUGCUAGAAAUAUUCUCUUCCAACAUGCAGUCAUGAAUAAUGUCCAAAAACCAAUUAUAAUUGAUCGGAAUUAUUGUCCCGGUAACAAGAAUUGCCAUGGUCAGGUAACUCCCUUUAAAUUAAAUAGGCUUCUGGGGUUCCAGGAUAUCCCUGGAUCAUCGGCAAAAGAAAUCUCAGUGAAAUUUGAUUGCAGUAAGAAAUAUCCAUGCACUGGGAUUAACCUGGAAGACAUAUAUCUCACUUCCCAAAAUCAACCACCUGAAGCAUCAUGUACCAAUGCUGGGGCAGUUGCUUCAGGUCUUUUUCAACCCACUAGCUGCCUAUAG